UCACCCUUUAAAGGAGGGCCCGGCCGCGGCGCAGCACCGAGGACAGGGGCAGCUGGAGCUCUCCCGCUCCUUCCUCCUCCCGUCGCGGCGUCUGCAAGGAGCCCAGCCCAGGGGACGAUGGAGCCUGAGGAGUACAGACGGCGCGGGAGAGAGAUGGUGGAUUACAUCUGCCAGUACCUGAGCACCGUAAGGGACCGGCGGGUGACCCCGGACGUGCAGCCCGGCUACCUGCGUGCCCAGCUGCCCGCAAACGCCCCGCAGGAGCCUGACAGCUGGGACAGCAUCUUUGGGGACAUCGAACGCAUCAUCAUGCCUGGGGUGGUGCACUGGCAGAGCCCGCACAUGCAUGCCUACUACCCAGCCCUCACCUCUUGGCCGUCCCUGCUGGGGGACAUGCUGGCCGAUGCCAUCAACUGCCUGGGCUUCACUUGGGCGUCCAGUCCUGCGUGCACGGAGCUGGAGGUGAACAUGAUGGACUGGCUGGCCAAGAUGCUGGGACUCCCUGACCACUUCCUGCACGGCCACCCCGGCAGCCAAGGCGGCGGCGUCCUGCAGAGCACGGUCAGCGAGUCCACCUUGAUCGCUCUCCUGGCAGCGAGGAAGGACAAAAUCCUGGAGAUGCAAAAGUCGGAGCCUGACGCCGACGCGUCCUCUCUGAACGCCCGUCUCGUCGCCUACGCAUCCGACCAGGCUCACUCCUCGGUGGAGAAGGCAGGCUUGAUUUCCCUCGUGAAGAUCAGAUUCCUGUCUGUGGACGACAACUUCUCUCUCCGGGGGGAAGUGCUCCAGAGGGCCAUCGAGGAAGACAGGCGGCGGGGCCUGGUGCCUGUGUUUGUCUGUGCAACACUAGGGACCACUGGGGUCUGUGCAUUUGACUGCCUGUCCGAGCUGGGUCCCAUCUGUGCCAGGGAGGGGCUGUGGCUCCACAUCGAUGCUGCUUAUGCGGGCACGGCCUUCCUGUGCCCCGAGUUCCGGGGGUUCCUGGAGGGGGUGGAGUUCGCGGACUCCUUCACCUUCAACCCGUCCAAGUGGAUGAUGGUGCACUUCGACUGCACGGGAUUCUGGGUGAAGGACAAGGUGAAGCUGCAGCAGACCUUCAGCGUGAACCCCGUCUACCUCAGGCACGCCAACUCGGGCGCGGCCACCGACUUCAUGCACUGGCAGAUUCCCCUGAGCCGGCGGUUUCGCUCUAUUAAACUCUGGUUCGUGAUUCGGUCCUUCGGGGUGAAGAAUCUCCAAGCCCAUGUCAGACAUGGUAUUGAAAUGGCGAAGGUAUUUGAGUCUUUGGUCAAAAAUGAUCCUUUCUUUGAAAUUCCUGCCAAGAGGCACCUCGGCCUGGUGGUUUUUCGUCUAAAGGGUCCUAAUUGUCUCACAGAAAGUGUGUUAAAGGAAAUAGCCAAAGAUGGCCGACUCUUCCUCAUCCCGGCCACUGUCCAAAACAAGUUGAUAAUUCGUUUCACAGUGACAUCCCAGUUCACCACCAGGGAUGACAUCCUGAGAGACUGGAAUCUCAUUCGAGAUGCUGCCACGCUUGUCCUCAGUCAGCACUGUACUUCCCAGCCGAGCCCUCAAACCAGGGGCUACAGAGCCUUGGCUGGUGGAACGCCCCUUCCGUCUGUCAAUGGAGGGGGAGAUGACCCAGCCCAGGCCCGGAAGAUCAUCAAGCAGCCACAGCGUGUGGGCACCAGUCCUAUGAAGAGAGAAGACAGCUGCCAUCUUGAAAUCCUGGUGGACCCACUGGAUGACUGCUUUUCAGAAGAGGCCCCGGACGUCACCAAGCACAAGCUCUCCUCCUUCCUGUUCAGUUAUCUGUCUGUGCAGAAUAAGAAGAAGACGGUGCGGUCCCUCAGUUGCAACAGCGUGCCAGUGAGCGCCCAGAAGCCAUUCCCUGCCGAGGGCUCGGCUAAGAACGGGGGAUCCUCCAGGGUCAGGCUCUUCUCCAGGUUCCCAGAAGAGAUGAUGCUGCUGAAGAAAAGUGCCUUCAAAAAGCUGAUCAAGUUCUACAGUGUCCCCAGCUUUCCCGAAUGCAGCUCACAAUGUGGGCUCCAGCUGCCCUGCUGCCCUUUGCAGGCCAUGGUGUAGACCAGGAUCUUCAACGAGUCCAAUGGCGUGUGCUUCAGGGAGUCUGUGAACCCCUCACAAUUGUGUGCAGAGUCUGUGUGCUUAUGUGCAUGUGCAUUUUUCUUGCCAGUGAGUCUAUCAUUUUGGUCAGUUUCUCACAGGGUUCAUGACCCGCCAUAGGAUACAAGUAGAGAGUUUUAGGCAGAAUGAUCCAGAAGGUUCCAGAAGCUCAUCAGCAGCAAGGGCCAGGGGCAGCACACUAAUGAGCAGCAUCUAUGGUUCACCUUGUGAUGUGAAAUAGACCAUAGAAAUAAAUGUGCUUGUUCCUGAACCAA